AUGAACAUUGUAGAGGACUCGGUUGUGCAGUGUGCAGAUGGACAUUACCAGGUUUCACUGCCGUUAAGGAACCUCACCAUGAAAAUGCCAGUAAAUAGGAGUCAGGCUGAACGAAGUGCCUCUUACCUCAAACGCAAGCUUUCCAGUGAUACGAAACAUCGAUCCAGUUGCGUAAUUGGUGACGUUCAAUCAGUGUUUCACCACGUGCGCGUUCCGGAAGAAGAUAGAGAUGUCCUGCGAUUCCUCUGGUGGCCCAAAGGUGACUUCACCAAGAAGCUGGAAGAGUACCGGAUGACUGUUCAUCUUUUCGGCGCAGUUUCAUCGCCGAGUUGUGCCAAUUUUGCUAUGCGAUGGAACGCGGAAGACCACAAGCACGAAUUCUCACCCGACGUGGCUAAUACGAUCUUAAGGAAUUUUUAUGUUGACGACUGCCUGAAGUCCUUAUCGUCGAGUUCUGCAGCAGUCAAGCAUGUGGGUGAUUUACGUAAACUUAUGUUGAUUGGUGGAUUCAAUGUGACUAAAUGGGCGAGCAGUGAUCGACAAGUCUUAGAGUCUAUUCCACUGGAAGAAAGAGCAAAAGAUGUGAAGGAGCUUAAUCUUGAAUGCGAUACACUUCCUACAGAGAGAGCUUUGGGCGUGUCAUGGUUUGUCGAGACGGAUGCGUUCGGUUUCAAAGUGGACAUUAAGGAGAAACCUUGUACCAGGCGUGGGAUUCUCUCGGGCGUUAGUUCAGUCUACGAUCCGCUCGGCAUGGCUGCACCCUUCUUUCUCCCAGCAAAGGACUUAUGCAGAAAAGGCCUCAGUUGGGAUGAUGAAAUUCCGUGUUUACACUUAUCUCGUUGGCAGGCGUGGCUUGCUGAUCUGCCGAAGCUCCCACUGAAAAGAUGUGUUAAGGGAGCCGAUCUGGGAGAAGUAAUAAUCACUGAAAUUCAUCAUUUCUACGAUGCUUCCCAGUGCGCUUGUAGAGCUGUCUCACAUCUUCGGCAAGUUAAUUUAGAUGGUCAGGUUCAUUACUCCUUUCUGGUUGGAAAAUCCCGCCUCGCCCCUUUGAAGCAGAUGAGUAUUCCAAGAUUGGAAUUAGUAGCCGCAGCUGUGUCAGUUCGUCUAAAGAAGUUGUUGAAGAAUGAGCUGGAAAUUCCAAUAGCUAAAAUCACCUUCUGA